UCUCCCACGAAACUCGAGUCUUCAAGUCUUUUCCUUUUAUCUUUCACUAACAAAGGCAACCUCACAAUCAACACUAAAGAUUGUAUGUAUAGGUUGAGGUGGUGGCGGUGAUGGGGAAAGGGAGACCUAGGGCAGUUGAAACAGGGCAAAAUUUGAGUGUCUCAUCCACUGGGUCAUCGAAUAUACAGUCAGGGCCGGUUUUUUACCCCAGUGAAGAGGAGUUCAGGGACCCAUUAGAGUAUAUUUAUAAGAUCAGGCCUGAGGCUGAGACAUAUGGGAUUUGUAAGAUUGUUCCACCUAAGACUUGGAACCCUCCAUUUGCCGUGAACGUGGAGUCUUUUACUUUUCCUACUAAAACACAAGCUAUUCACCAGUUGCAGGCACGGCCUGCUUCUUGUGAUUCAAAGACCUUUGAGUUAGAGUAUAAUAGGUUUUUGGAAGGACAUUGUGGUAAGAAGUUGAAGAAGAGUUUGAUUUUUGAAGGGGAGGAGUUGGAUUUGUGUAAAUUGUUUAAUGCAGUGAGGAGGUAUGGGGGUUAUGAUAAGGUUGUGAAGGGAAAAAAGUGGGGGGAGGUUUUUAGGUUUGUGAGGUCCUUGAAGAAGAAGAUUUCAGAGUGUGCUAAGCAUGUUUUAUGGCAGUUGUAUAGAGAGCAUUUAUAUGAUUAUGAAGCUUAUUAUGAACGGCUGAAUCGGGAGAGAGCAAAGAGUUACAAGAGAGGCAUCAGUGAGGAUGCAGAGAGUGAAAAGAAGGUUAAUAUUUAUAGCUGCAAGAAAAGAAGGAAGAAUAGUCACCAUCAAAAUGUUAAGGAUUGUAAGGUGGAGGAAGAAGAUCUUGAUCAGAUAUGUGAGCAAUGCAGUAGUGGGUUACAUGGGGAAGUGAUGCUACUGUGUGAUAGAUGUAAUAAGGGGUGGCAUAUAUAUUGUCUGUCACCACCAUUGAAGCAGGUUCCACCAGGAAAUUGGUACUGCUUUGAGUGCCUGAAUUCUGACAAAGAUAGUUUUGGUUUUAUUUCUGGAAAACAGUUUACAUUGGAAGCUUUUAGGCGUUUGGCUGAUCGAGCCAAGAAGAAAUGGUUUGGAUCAGGAUGCAUUUCAAGGGCACAGAUAGAGAAAAUGUUUUGGGAGAUUGUGGAGGGUUUGGCAGGUGAGGUGGAAGUUAUGUAUGGAAGUGAUCUGGAUACUUCUGUUUAUGGGAGCGGUUUUCCACGUAUAAAUGACCAGAGGCCAGAAUCUGUUGAGCUUAAAGCUUGGGAUGAAUACUGUAGGAGCCCAUGGAAUCUCAAUAACUUGCCCAAGUUGAAAGGUUCGAUGCUGAGAGCUGUUCAUCAUAACAUUACUGGUGUCAUGGUUCCUUGGCUGUAUAUUGGAAUGCUAUUCUCUGCUUUCUGCUGGCAUUUUGAAGAUCAUUGUUUUUAUUCAAUGAAUUACCUUCACUGGGGAGAACCUAAAUGCUGGUACAGUGUCCCUGGCAGUGAAGCUAGUGCUUUUGAGAAGGUGAUGCGGGAUUGUCUGCCUGAUCUAUUUGAUGCGCAACCUGACUUGCUCUUUCAGCUUGUUACGAUGUUAAAUCCAUCUGUCUUGCAAGAAAAUGGUGUCCCAGUCUAUAGUGUGCUACAGGAGCCAGGAAAUUUUGUCAUUACGUUCCCUAGAUCUUAUCAUGGAGGAUUCAAUUUGGGUUUAAAUUGUGCAGAGGCGGUGAAUUUUGCUCCUGCUGAUUGGUUACCACAUGGUGGUUCUGGGGCAGAGUUAUAUCAGUUAUAUCGUAAAGCUGCAGUUUUAUCUCAUGAGGAGCUUCUUUGUGUGGUGGCCAAACGGAGCGAUUGGGAUAGUAAGGCAUCAACUUAUUUGAAAACAGAAUUGCUCAGAAUAUAUAAAAAUGAAAGGACAUGGAGGGAGAGGCUUUGGCUAAGUGGCAUAACAAGAUCAUCUCCCAUGUCUCCUCGAACUCCUGAAUUUGUGGGUACUGAAGAGGAUCCAACAUGCAUUAUAUGUAAGCAGUAUUUGUAUCUUUCCGCUGUUGUUUGCCGCUGCAGGCCAUCUGCUUUCGUCUGCCUGGAGCAUUGGGAACACCUCUGUGAGUGUAAAUCCAGUAAACUCCGUCUUCUCUAUCGUUAUACUCUGGCAGAAUUGGCUGAUUUAGUGCUUAUGGUGGACAAGCAUGCUUCGGAGGAGACACCCCAAAAUGAUAGUUUACGAAGGAAUAUUUCAGCUUCCAAGGAGUUGAAUGCUUUAAAAAAGAAGGUGAAAGGUGCCCAUGUUACUCAUACUCAACUUGCAGAACAAUGGCUUUCGCACUCGUGUAAGAUAUUGCAGAGUCCUUUUGAUGGUGAUGCAUAUACUAGUCUGUUAAAGGAAGCUGAACAGUUUCUUUGGGCUGGUGAUGAGAUGGAUUCUGUCCGGGAUGCGGUAAAGAAUCUGACUGCUGCUCGGAAAUGGGCACAAGGCAUAAGAGAUUGUCUUACUAAAAUUGAAAACUGGUCUCCUGGAGUUGAUUUUGAGAAAGUGACCCAUAAACUGGUUAACAAAUUGCUUAGUGUUGAUCCUGUGCCCUGUAAUGAGCCUGGAUAUCUCAAGUUGAAGGAUUUUGCUGAAGAGGGAAAUUUGUUGGUUCGGGACAUUGAUGCUGCUUUAUCAACGUGCUCUAAGAUCGAUGAGUUGGAGUUAUUGUAUUCAAGGGCUUGCAGCUCACGAAUCCAUGUAGCUCAAAGUGAAAAGUUAUCGCAAAAAAUCUCUUUCGUAAAGGUAUGGAUAGACAAUGCAAGGAAAGCUAUCUUUGAUGAACGGCCUGCAGCAGUGGAGGUUGGCAUUCUUUACAAGUUAAAGUCGGAGAUAUUGGAGCUUCAGGUCCAAAUUCAGGAAAGAGAAAUGAUUUUUGAUAUUGUAUGCCUGGCUGAAUCAUGUCAGGCCCGGUGUAGAUAUUUAUUGAGUGGUUCCAUGACUCUAAAGGAUGUUGAAGUGCUUCUUCAAGAAAUGGCAAGUUUCAGUGUUAACAUACCAGAGUUGAGAGUUCUAAAGCAAUACCAGAUUGAUGCUUCUUUUUGGAUCACACGCUUUAAUGAUAUUAUGAUAAAUAUCAAUCAGAGAGAGGAUCAACAAAGUGCUAUUAAUGAAUUAAAUUGCCUUUUAGAAGAUGGAAAGUCUUUGAAGAUUCAAGUCGAUGAGUUGCCACUUGCGAAGAUUGAGUUGAAGAAGGCUUGUUGCAGGGAAAAGGCAAUGAAGGCACACAAUACAAAAAUGGCUUUGGACUUUCUUCAGCAACUGUUAGCAGAUGCUGUUGUUUUGCAGAUUGAGACGGAGGAGUUAUUUCUUAGUUUGUCUAGAGAACUUGCUGGUGCCCUGCAAUGGGAAGAAAGAGCAAAGGAUAUACUUGCACGCAAAGCUCAGAUGUCUGAAUUUGAGGAUCUUAUAAGGAUGUCGGACAACAUAGUUGCUAUUAUGCCUUCAUUAGAUGAUGUCCAAACUGCAAUAUCGGUGGCUAACUUAUGGUUAAAUAAUAGCAAGCAAUUUUUAGAAUCUGACUUUUCUGAGUCAUCCACAUCUCGUUCUUUGCUGAAACUUGAUGAUUUGAAGGAGUUGGUUUCUCAGUUGAGAUUUCAUAAGAUGACAUUUAAGCAACAAGAUGUGCUUGAAACUAUUUUGGAAGAUAGCAAGAGAUGGCAGCGUGAUGCUUAUUCUCUGCUGCAAGAUCUGGAGUGCCUGUAUUGUGUGACCGACAUUGGGGAUGGUAGGAGCAAUGGUCUUAUUUUGAAAAUUGAACAUCUUGUUAACUUGCUUGAAUCUGUAACAAAAGCUGGUUUAUCUCUUGGACUGGAUUUUCCUGAGAUUCCAAAGCUUGAAAAUGCUUGUUCUACACUGCAUUGGUGCAAUAAAGUCCUUUCUUUCUGCUAUUUGAUGCCUUCUUACGAGGAUGUUGAGAGUUUGAUGAAUACCGUGGAGAGCCUCUCUAUUAUGCUUUCUUCUGGUAAUUUGUUGAGCUCAUUAAUUUUUGGAGCAAAAUGGCUCAAGAAUGUCUCAGAGGUGAUUUCUCCACCCACAAAGUGUAAUGCAUGGAAAUUGACUGAUGCUGAAGAGAUGCUUGCUGAAUAUCAGGGUAUUAGUGUCACCUUCCCAAUGAUGGUUACCCAACUUACAGAGGCUACCUGCAAACAUAGGCUAUGGCAGGAGCAAGUGCAUCAGUUUUUUAGUUUAGAGUUGGAGGAGCGGUCAUGGUCUCAAUUAAUGCAGCUUGAGGAGUAUGGAAAAGCAUCAUUCUUUACAUGUGAAGAAGUAGAUAUGGUAUUGUCUGAAGCUGUAAAGAUUGAGAAGUGGAAGCAACGCUGCAUGGAUGCUAUAAAAAACUUUGUUGGAGAGGAGAGUUCAUUGCUUUGUGCCUUGCAGAAGAUCAAAGAGUCCCUAGAUGGAUCUUUUUACGUAUACGAAAAGUCUGAGAGUUGUGAAGGAGCAUGUCUCUACACGUGCUGUAUAAAUGGUUUUGAGGAUUGGGAUUUUGUAACAUGUUCAGCGUGCAAGGAUUGCUACCAUUUGCAGUGUCUGGGAUAUAGAAAUAAUCCAGAAGAAGUAUAUACAUGCUCAUAUUGUAAGCUACUUGUGGGUGGAUUAAUACCUCCCAACAGAGGUGGCUUCCUGAGACUUAAUGGAAAACAUUCAGACUUGGAGCUUCUCUCUAAUCUUGCAUCUGUUGAUGAAAACUUUUUUGUAAGGAUUGACGAAAGAGAUAUUUUACAACAAAUUGUGGACCAAGCGCAUGCCUGCAAAAAGUGUUUGACAGAGAUAGUGGACUUUGAAAUGUCUUGCUAUGAUAAAGAUCAGCUCACUUUUGUCAGUGAAAAACUUACAAUUGCUUUGAAGGCCAUUGGAGUGGCAGGUGUGUAUGAUCAUCAAAGUUAUUGUGAUCUUGAGCUGGCAUUGGCAAGAUGCUCAUGGAGAUUCCGAAUAUCUAGAUUGUUAGAUGCUUUAGAGAAGGGUUUAGAGAAGCCUUCAAUCCAACAGAUUGUCCGGCACCUGAAAGAGGGAAAUGCGAUGAAUAUUUUACCUGAAGAUCACUUCAGAUCGAAGCUUUCAGAAUUGAAGGACAUUGGAUUGCAGUGGGCUGAUCGUGCCAACAAGGUUGCAGCUGAUUCUGGGGCACUCAGCUUAGAUGGAGUUUAUGAACUUAUAACAGAGGGGGAAAGUUUACCAGUUUGCUUAAUGAAGGAACUUGAGGUAUUAAGAGUCCGAAGUAUGCUUCAUUGCAUUUGCCGAAAGCCGUAUGAUGAGAAAACCAUGAUUGCUUGCAGUCAAUGUGAGGAGUGGUACCAUGUCAGAUGCGUUAAUUAACCUUCACACCAAAGGUUUAUAUCUGUGCAGCUUGUCUGCCUGGGACUGAACACCUGGAGUCCUCAUUGGAUCAUGAGAGAUACAUGGACACCAAAUUGUGGAGCCGAAAACCCGUCUCCGCGAUAAAAAACCAGGAAAGGGACCGAAGAAAUCAGAGUCUCACAGAUGCGAAAAGUUAGAAAGAAGAGUAGUAUAUUGAUCAACGAGUGGAAUUGGGAUAGAUCGUUUGAGGUGGAAAACCGGAAGCCUUUUAGGAGAGCAGCGAAAAAGCGUGCUGAGCUUCAUAAUCUACAUUUUCCAUACACCACACAGUCGAUAAUCUCAUAGACGAUUGUUAGCAGUUAGCAGUUAGCAAUUAGCAAUUAAUUCAAUUGAUUCUUGUGGCUUAAGCAAGCCCCUCUGUACAUUUUGGCAGCCCAAUAAUCAAUUAGCUGCAUUUU